GGGGGUUAAUGUCAGACCUGGCAACCCGGCGCUCCGGGCUGCACUCCGCCGGCCGUCACACUGAAGACGUUCUCUGCGGAACGCGGCACCUCUCAGCCUCCAGGGCCUUCCUGCCUGCCGGAGAACCCGCCGCAGGAGCAGCGCAUGGCAGAGUGACGGAGCGCGGCAGCCUCCACCCGCUCCACCCGCUCCACCCGCUCCACCCGCUCCAUCAUGGCGGUCGGCAGAGAGCGCGGCUCGCGGCCCCAGAGGCCCCAGAGGCCGUGGUCGGUGUACCGGGCCAACACCCUGGAGCUGAGCAGCGAGAUGAUCGGCCUGGCGCUGGCAGGCAACAGUCUGGACCCAGAUGAGCCGGUGAUGGAGUUCAGCCUGGCCUGCUGGGACCUGGUGACCCCGGCUCCGGACAGGAAGCCCAGCAGCUUCGUGGCGGUCAGCUGCACCACGCCGCCGCAGGCCUUCUGGACCAAGCACGGCCAGACGGAGGUCAUGGAGGGGACCAGCAGCCCCUCCUUCCUGAGCAGCGUGGCGUUCUUCCAGGACUCCGGCCUCUCCCAGCACACCCAGCUCAAGCUGUCGGUCUACGACGUCAAGGACCAAUCACAGGGCACGAUGGUUCUGCUGGGUUCUGCUCUGUUCUCGGUCAAAGAGCUGCUGCAGGAGAAGGACCGCCGGCUGCAGCUGGAGCUCAGGUCUGCGGAGAACCGGCCUGUGGGGAACGUUCUCAUCUCAGCCUGGCCCACCGAGGACCGGGCCGGAACCAGGAGGCCCAUGGAACCACUUCCAGACGGCGUCAACGGCCGGAUGGUUCUCCCGGUGGACCAGAGCCUGACUGAGUCCAUGGGAGUCCACAUCCAGUACUCGUCCCUCAGCAGAGACCCGGUCCUGCGCUCAGCGUUCGGGGGAACCCUGUCCAGAACGUACCGCCUGCCCUCCACUGACGGAGAACAGCUGAGGGUUCUGGAGCAGAUGGCCGACAGCGUUCUGUCGCUACACGUUCCCCGACAGCUGCUCCGCCUGCUGCUGGAGGAGGACGCAGCCAGGGUGUGUGAGCUGGAGGAGCUGGGGGAGCUGUCCCCCUGCUGGGAGACCCUGAGGAGACAGAUCGUGUCGGAGUACCAGAGCAUCAUCCUGACCUUCCAGGAGACCCUGUCCAACCUGACCCAGUACCGAGGCCCGUCCUUUAAGGCCAGCACCCUGAAGGCCGACAGGAAGCUGGAGUUCCUGCCCACCAACCUGCACGUCCAGAGGAUGAGGGUCCAGGACCGGCUGGGCCUGGACCACACCUACGACGUGCUGACGGUCGGCGCCCCGGCCGCCCACUGCCAGGGAUUCAAACAUGGCGGCCUGAGGAGGCUGGUCCACAAGGCAGAGGAGGCCAAGAAGCACAGCGCCCCGUCCAGCUGUCAGUCCAUCGUCUUCGUCCCGCAGGACGUGGUCCGGGCCAAAGAGAUCAUCGCUCACAUCAACACCCUGAGGACGCAGGUGUCCUACUACGCCGAGCGUCUGUCCCGGGCCGCCAGGGACCGCUCGUCCAGCGGGCUGGAGCGGACGCUGGCCAUCCUGGCCGACAAGACCCGCCAGCUGGUCACGGUGUGCGACUGCCGCCUGCUGUCCUCGGCUGUCCAGGCGCUGGACGCGGCGCGGCCGGACUACGUGGCGUCCGGAGCGUCCCCCUCCGCCGAGGGACAGGUCGUCCUCCGCAACGACCGGGACACCCUGCUGGCCAGGUGGAGCGGCGCGGGACGCCCGUCUCUGCAGGACUGGACCGAGGACCAGGACGAGUGGGAGAAGGUGUGGGUCAACGUGGACAAGUCUCUGGACUGCAUCGUCCAGCGCGUGGACCAGCUGCUGCAGAGACACCGGAGAUCCAGCACGGGGGACCGGGACAGUCCCGCCGGAGACCAGCAGGGCGGCGCCGGCAAGACAGGAGAGGGGAAGAGACGAGCGUUCUGGAUCAAUCCAGGAAGUUUGGCCCACAAGUCCCCAUCGUUCCCUUCAUCCUCAUCCUCAUCAUCAUCAUCACCUUCAUCACUCCCCUCCUCCUCCUCUCUGCCGGCCCUGUCCUCAGCUCGUCCUCCCAGCCUCCAACAGGAAGUCUAUGGAACCCCCACAGCAGAGGAGGAGUAUCCAGGCGCGUGGAGCGAGGCGCUGUACCCGCUGCUCGCCACGCUCACCGACUGCGUCUCCCUGAUGAGCGACAAGGCCAAGAAGUCCCUGGUGUUCCUGCUGAUGCAGGACGGCGCCCCCACCGUCGCCACGGACGUGUCUCUGCAGUACCGGCGGGACGUGGUCUUCUGCCAGACGCUCACCGCGCUGGUCUGCGGCUUCGUCCUCAAGCUGAGGACCUGUCUCCGGGACGGCGGCUUCCUGCGGCAGCUGUCCACCAUCGGCCUGCUGGCCCACUUCGAGUCCCUGCUCAGCACCUACGGAGAUGAGCUGUCCAUGCUGGAGGACAUGAGCGUCGGCGUCAUGGACCUGCGGAACGUCACCUUCAAGGUGACCCAGGCGCCUGGAAGCUCCGCCCCCGACCUGCUGCCCGUCAUCACAGGAAACCGCCACGGCUUCACCGUGCGCGUCCCGCUGCCGGGCGCCAUGUUCGAUGCCCUGCCGCGGGAGAUCCAGAGCGGCAUGCUGCUCCGGGUCCAGCCGGUCCACUUCAACGUGGGCAUCAACGAGCAGCAGACCCUGGCCGAGAAGUUUGGAGACACGUCCCUCCAGGAGACCAUCAACUCGGAGAGUCUCACCAGGCUGGACUCGUACUACCAGCAGUUCAAAGAGGUUCUUCCUGAGGACUGUCUGCCCAGGUCCCGGUCCCAGACGUGUCUCCCGGAGCUGCUCAGGUUUCUGGGACAGAACGUCGGCGCCAGGAAGAACAAGAAUGUGGACAUCCUGUGGCAGGCGGCGGAGAUCUGUCGCCGUCUCAACGGUGUUCGAUUCACCAGCUGCAAGAGCGCCAAAGACCGGACGGCCAUGUCCGUGACGCUGGAGCAGUGCCUGAUCCUGCAGCACGAGCACGGCAUGGCGCCGCAGGUCUUCACGCAGGCCCUGGACUGCAUGCGAAGUGAGGGCUGCAGACGGGAGAACACCAUGAAGAACGUGGGCUGCAGGAAGUACGCCUUCAACAGUCUGCAGCUCAAAGCCUUCCCCCGGCACUACCGGCCCCCCGACGGCACCUACGGCAAGGUGGAGACCUGAGGGGGCGGGGCUAGCCUGACCCCGCCCCCUGCGGCAAGGUGGAGCCCUGAGGGGGCGGGGCUAGCCUGGGGGGGUUCUAGCAGGACUACUGAGGGACCAUCAGGACCAUCAGACUGAAUCCAGACCCUGAAGUUCAUCUGAGGCUGAAAGUGACUGAAGAACAAGCUUCAUGUGGAACCAAACGUUCCUGUCGGGUUCAUGUGGAACCAAACGUUCCUGUCAGGUUCAUGUGGAACCAAACGUUCCUGUCAGGUUCAUGUGGAACCAAACGAUCCUGUCGGGUUCACGUGGAACCAAACGUUCCUGUCAGGUUCACGUGGAGCCAAACGAUCCUGUCGGGUUCACGUGGAACCAAACGUUCCUGUCGGGUUCAUGUGGAACCAAACGUUCCUGUCGGGUUCACGUGGAACCAAACGUUCCUGUCGGGUUCACGUGGAACACACUGUCACAAACAUUCCUGCCAGUUCCCAAAAGUAAUUUUUCUUUUUAGAAAGUAAAAUUUUCUGAAAAUGUCCAGCAGUGUUCUCCUGAGGAACCGGCAGUGUUCUCCUGUUUUCUCUCAUGUGUUUGAUUGUUCUGGUUCUGCUGUGUUCCCGCCUCUUCCUCUUCCUCUUCCUCUUCCUCUUCCUCACAGUCACAAGGAUGCGUUCAGGUACCGAAACACGGUACCGUUUGAUUCACUGGAUUCGUUACUGGGGAGAACCGACAGAACCGGCUGGGUUCCUCUGGAAGUGCUGCGUUCAGGACCGUCCCUCCGGUCCUGGUUCCGCUGUGUUCUCUGUGUCUGAUGCUGAAAUAAAAGCUCUGUCUUCUG